AUGGAGACAGACGAUCCCUUAGAUAUAUCUAAUGGCACCUGCUAUUAUGCCGUCAACACGGAAGCUAAGAAGGAUUAUAUCCCUUGCGGCAAUGUCGACGUCGGUUUGGACUGGCACUGCUGCGUUGCUGGCGAUAUCUGUCUAGAAGACAGUGCAUGCUUUCAUAGAAACUAUGGUAUCACCUACCUAGCAGGCUGCACCGACCAAAGAUACAGUGCGCCUAGUUGCCCGUACAAGGGGAAGUACGGCAGCCAGCAGUGGACCGGACUUCAGCGCUGCGAUGACAAUCCCGAUAUUGAUGAUGGCGACGAUAUAUGGGCAGCAUGCAAAGAAGCUGGAGACGUGCCAGGUUCGAAGCCGCCUGCUCGCUGCAAAUGCUCCAGCGACACCCAGGUCAUCUCUGACAAGCCGAAACUCGACAAUGUCGCGUCACUUCCAACAAGUCUAGGAGAGACUAUAUCCUGGUAUGCCGGCAAGAAGCCAUCUAUAGAUCCAACUACAGAGACCACUACAAUAACAGUGCCCCCGACUAAGACAUCAUCAUUGGCAUCCUCAACAUCAUCCGCCACGUCGUCUUCAGACCCGUCAGACACCCCAACCCCGGUACCCCUAGGACCAGGUGACGGCAGUCCCGUCACGCCUCCCACCGACGUACCCAACGCGUCCACAAACACCGGCACAGGCCCAACCCUCUCCACAGCAGCACAAGCCGGCAUCGGCGUCGGCGCAGGCGUCGGGGCCCUGCUAAUCGGAUGUCUCAUAUAUCUAGCGCUCCUACUACGCAAGCGCCGCAAAGCGAAGGCCCACGGCUCCAGCCUCGACUCCGCGUCCACGGCGCGACAGGAUCUCCCCAGCACCAACAACCCGCCGAGCUCCCUCGCACCACCACCGAUCGGCCAGACGCAUCCCAGCUUCCAGUCAGAGCUAGCAGCAGACGAGCCCAAGAGCGCAGUCACCGCAACCGCCACGACACCUGUCCCGUACUCCCCAUCCGCAGCCUCGAUCCCGUUCUCGUCCAUCGCAGCUUCUUUCUCCUCCUCGCAGCACAGGCGAUAUACAGCGUACAACCCGACACUCCACGGGAACUACGCCGAGAAGAGCGAGGCGGCAGCAUCAGCGGCGGCAGGCCAGAUGCCCGUUUCGCCGAUGAGUCCGGAGCCGCAGAUGAGUUCUGCGAAGGAAGAAGACGUGCCUGGGGUGCAUGUGCAUGAGUUGGAGGGAUAA